AUGGGGACUCGCGGGGCGAGUUCGCCUGCGGCAGCGGCCAAGAGGACGAGGAAGGUACACCGGACACGGGCAUGGAGGACAUGGACGAGGAUCCGGACAUGGAGGAGGAGGAUGACGAGGACGUUGAGAUGAGGGUGACGGGUGACAAGGAAUCCUCGAACGCUGGCCGGGAGAGUAGUACCACCGCCGUGAGCAACGUUCCAUCGUCCAACUGCAAGAAGAGACAAUCGUCCUCGUCUUCGUCGUCGUCCAGCAGCGUUCAGGCUCAAGGUUGCCAAGGUCAGAACCAGAGCAGCCAGAACGGAACGAGCGGAAGCGGUGGCACGGGUGGCAAGCCCAGAAGAGCCAGGACCGCGUUCACGUACGAACAGCUGGUCGCUCUGGAGAACAAGUUCAAGACCACCAGAUACCUCUCUGUCUGCGAACGUCUGAACCUAGCCCUGUCCCUCUCGUUGACGGAGACCCAGGUGAAGAUCUGGUUUCAAAAUCGGCGAACCAAGUGGAAGAAACAGAACCCAGGACUGGACGUGAAUAGUCCCACGGUGCCCACCACACCGCCGCAUCCUCCGCCUUACACGCCUGCCUUCCUGUUCGCCACGCAUCCUCAUCAGCACCCGCUGCCGCACUCGCACACGCAUCCCCAUCCGCACGCCCACGUCCAUCAUCCGCCGCCCGUGCCACCGCCGCCACCUGGCUAUUAUCACCCAGCCGCGCCACCUUAUCCUCCGACAGGGCCGACGUUCUUCGGUCAUCACCUGUCCGCCACUCCCGCCACCGCGUCCGGCCCACCGCCAACCUCCACGCCAUCCUCCACGGGCCUUGCUCUGUCGACGCAUCCGCAUCCGCACACGCAUCCGCACGCG